CAGUUUCAUUAUAAUAUGGGGGACCCAUUUCCUUUUCCAUUAGAACAGGUUAACUAGCUACUACAUUAAUUAUUAGGUGGUGGUGUUGUUCACUCCUCCUUUCUGCUCUCACUCAAAAAUUCCAAGCUUUUGGAGCUGUCUGCAAUGGCUAGAUUCAGAAGCAUCUGUAAUACAUUAGAAGUUUUGUUUUUCUUGAUAUUCUCUGCUUGGAGCUUAGGAAACAGAGGAUCUGAAGCGAAGGACACACUGCUAGCAGGAGAGAAACUCAGAGAUGGGGAGAACUUGGUUUCUGCACACAAGCUGUUUGAAGUAAAGUUCAUAAACCUUGAGAAUUCACAGAACCGUUACUUGGCAAUUCUGUACUUGUUUGGCUAUGAUGGAAGGGCAGUAUGGAUAGCCAACAGAGAUAACCCCCUUAUGGAUUCCUCUGGAGUACUAAGCAUUAAUCGUAAAGGAAAUUUGGUGCUAACCAGUGGCAAAGGCAAUUCAACCAUUAUCAACUCUGAAGAACCCGCCAUGGGUGGCAACACAAGUGCAACAAUCCUUGAUUCUGGUAAUUUAAUCCUUAGAGAUGGAGAGCGGAUCUUGUGGCAGAGUUCUGAUUAUCUUUCUGAUUACACACUUUACCUUCAGAAUGAUACCACGUUAGGGACUGAAACGACCAGGGAGAAAGGCCGACAGUUAUUAGAUUUUGGUCAUUCAGCCAAGAGGAAGCUGUGGUUACAAAUCACCGUGUUAGUCUUAAUCAUUAUGUCGGCCUUUCUAAUAGCCUUCAUAAUCUGUAGACUAAAGAGUAGAUAUUGUGAUAGUGGAGGAAACAAUGAGAAGAACGAAGAGAAUGAUACUGCAAGUUCAAGGUUGCAAUUAAAUAAAUUUAGUGACAUAGAAGCUGCAUACAAAAAUAACAAUGCAAGUGAGCAGAAAUUAUGUGGGAACAAGGACUCUGAAUUGCCAUUAUUCAGUUUUUCUAGCAUAGAAUCUGCUACAAAUAAUUUCUCUACUACUAAUAAGCUUGGAGAAGGUGGCUUUGGGCCAGUUUAUAAGGGUAAGUUGGUAGGAGGACAAGAAAUUGCAGUGAAAAGGCUUUCUAAAAUGUCAAGGCAAGGAUUGGAGCAGUUUAAAAAUGAAUUCACAUUGAUUUGUAAACUACAACACAGAAACCUUGUUAGGCUUUUGGGUUGUUGCAUUGAAGGAGAUGAGCUGAUACUAAUCUACGAGUACAUGCCUAACAAAGGCUUGGAUUCUUUCCUUUUUGAUCCGAUGAAACGGGCAUUAUUGGAUUGGAGAACUCGCGUUAGCAUAAUUGAAGGGAUAGCACAAGGGCUUUUGUACCUUCACAAGUAUUCUAGAUUGAAAAUCAUUCAUAGAGAUUUGAAGACUAGCAACGUUUUAUUGGAUUGUGACAUGAACCCUAAAAUAUCAGAUUUUGGGACAGCAAGAGUUUUUGGCCAGAAUGAAUCCCAAGCCAAUACAAGUAGAAUCAUUGGGACAUUUGGUUAUAUGUCACCGGAAUAUGCAAUGGACGGCCUUUUCUCCGAAAAAUCCGAUGUAUUUAGUUUUGGAGUGAUGAUGUUAGAGAUUGUGAGUGGUAGAAAGAACAAUGGUUUCUAUCAGACAGAUAGUGAUUUAAAUCUACUUGGAUAUGCUUGGGAUUUGCGGAAUCAAGAAAAAAUAUUGGAGUUGAUGGAUAGUACUUUAGUUGAUUCAUGUUCGACGAAUGAAUUUGAAUUUAUAAGGUAUGUGCAUGUGGGCUUCUUGUGUGUGCAACAGAGUGCAGCAGAUAGACCAACUAUGUCCGAGGUUGUUUCUAUGCUUAGCAAUGAGACUACAUCUUUGCCAUCUCCAAAACAACCUGCUUUUACUAUAGGCAAAAGUAAUAUUGGUGUUGAGUCUUCCUUGUCAACUGGCCAAGAAUCUGUUAAUGAUGUAACUAUUUCAGUAAUGAACGGUAGGUAGGAUAGCAAGAGAUUUAUUAACUCAUUAAGCUUCCUCCAUUUUUGUUUGUU